CGAGCCUUUUUUGCUCAAGGGAGAGUGUUCCUGGUCCUCUGGACAGAGCCAGCUGGAGAGACAGCAACACUCAUCACCAGCACGGAACGGAAUGAUCGCCAGCCUGAUCCCGGUUUGUACGCGGGACGGUAUGGUGAGCCUGUAUAUUCGAAAGUUCGCAGAUUCGUUAUUAUAAGCUCGACACAGCAAUACUGUACUGCACUUCCCAUCGUCAGUUAUGGCAGGCAGGGCGUUGGAAAGUCGGGUGUGAUUAAGGAGAAUCAUGCCAUCAUUCACACUAGUAUCGUUGCACCGCUCCCGUUGUCGACAGAGAUGCCUGGUCCCGGGGAGAAGCCCAUGCGGCGACGAGCUAUCCGCAUCACUCCGGACCAGCCCGCCGAUCAGCUAGACCCAAGGUCCAGGCUCGAUUACGGUAAGCCUCACACAAUACACACAAAUCUCAAGGUCAAACCAUUUGGGAUGGUGCACCCGGGC